UUUACAUAUUUUAAACAAUCAUGGAGAAUCAGUGCAGUGAAACUUCUUCUGCCAACGAUAUGGAGAUGAUGAAGAAGAUGGAAGACGAACACUUGAGGCUGCAGAGACAGGUCCGAAUGAUCCAGAUAGAUCGUCAAAACCGCUCGAUGGGGGUGCACCCUCAGUUCAGGAGGCAGGACGCCCUUCUGCGUUCUCUGAAGAAGGAGUACAUCAAUUUCGUUAAGGACCUAAAGAUAGCAAGAUCCGGCGCGCAUAAGAAAAAGGACAAGAGAAUGAAAGCUGAUCUUGAGAACGCCCUGUUAUUAAGGGUUCACACGGAAAUGGACGCUGAAGCCGGAACAACUCUGAUGAAUCAGCUGGAAGGCCUGUUACAAAUCGAGAAGAAAGACGUACUUCUUUUGAAGAAGCUGGAGACUGCCAGCCAAGGAAAGAUGACUCAGCGCAGAAGUCAGAGUGAGCGACGUUUGGUCUCGACUGAAAAUCAGCUCGAAGCGGCCACCUUGAGGUUCAAUGUCCUGCAAGCUGAGAACAAGAAGAUUCGGGAAGAAAUUGAGCAUAUGCUUAAAGACAGGACCCUCUUCAACCAAGCCUGGACUAAAAUGCUGACAGCCCUGAACAAAGGCAAGAAAUUCCUGACGGAUCUCUUCGAAUCCUCUACCCUGGCGUAUGACCAGAGAGACGAGUGGGUAGCCAAGCUGAGGUCAAUCCAGGAGAAAGGCAAGAUGGACCAGAUGCUUCAAGUCCAGGAAAUGCGCGAACUUCAAAAACUAUUUGACCACGAAAUGAAACUGUACCACUUUCUAUCGACGAAAGGAGUGAUGAGAUUGAACAAGCAGCAGGAGGAGAAAGAAGAAAGGGAGAAGAUACAAGAAAUGGAGAAUUUAGAGAAAGAGUUUAAUGCUCAUUUAGCUAUACUCGAUGAUAUUUCUGACUACACCCACGAAAGAGAUCCAGAGAAGAUCAUAGAAGCGUUCAACCAGGUGGAACAACAGAAUUUCAGCGUCUACAUCUUGAUGACAGAGUACUGUGCUGAAAACGAAGUGCUCACCAGAAAUGUGGCGAAGAUCAGGCAGGAUAUUGCUGACCGUCGUGACUGGAAUGAAAUGAUGGAAGCCAAGAGGCAAGAUCACUUGGAACAGCUGAGGAAGGAAUUAGAAGACAAGAGGACCAGAAACGAAGAAUUGAGAGGCGUCUUGAAUGAACGGGUUCAGCUCAUGGACAAAAAUAUGGAGAAAAUCGCUGACAUGUUUAAAUUUCUGGAUUGCUCUCUGGAACCCUUCGAGAACCUUCUGGGAGACAAGCAGCCAAGUCUGCGGCAGUUCAACCUGACCAUGCGCCUCGUCAUGGAGAAGAUACAGGAACACAUUGAAAUCGUUUACUAUUACGAACGACACGUGCAGAAGAUCGGUCAGAGAUCUGGUCGUCUGAAGAUGUACCUGGUCCACUGUGAACCACCGCAGAUGAUUGCAUCAGUGCCUGUGAACCUUAUGGUGCCUGCUGAUACCUGCCCCAGUUGCGUAGAAGCCCGCUGGCUUUCCCGCGUCUGCGAGACUCCUGAGACUCCGUUCACCAAAAAAGACGCUCUGCAAGCCCUGGCGGAGUUGCAAGCUGACCCAGCGUACGUGUGGAGCGACCGCGUGCACCCCCUCACAGACUGCCGCGUGCCCAGGAGCAGAAUGAUACUGGCUCGGCGGUACAUGCAGCAUUGA